UUUUAAUAUGGUUACCCAAUUUCCACUUGACAGCAUGCAUUUAGUUGACCUUGACGCUGUAAAAAAGUUAUUAAAGCUACUUAUAAAAAAGGAGGAUAUAAAAAAAAUUAAUGAAAAACUAACUUUAGUUGCAAAUUACAUUCCUUCUAAAUUCGGGCGUAUAUCUAGGACCUUAGAUGAAAUAAAUAAUUGGACGUCGUCUGAAUUUAGGCAGUUUUUGCUUUACACGGGAGUAUUUAUCUUGAAGGAUAGCAUUAAUAUGGAUUUAUAUUAUCAUUUUUUACUUUUACAUUGCGGAAUUCGGCUUCUUUCUAGGCAAAAGUCAUCUAAGGUUGAGGCUAACAUCGCUCAACAAAUUCUGGAAGAUUUUGUUGUCUAUUUUGGUAGUUUAUACGGUGACGAAUUAGUUAGUUUUAAUAUUCACGGGUUACUCCAUUUGUCUGCAUGUGUUUGGACCUUUGGACUCAUUCUCAGCAUACAGCAGCUAUUUUUGCGUUUAGAUGAACGUACCAGAUUAUCGGCUAAUACAGAAAAUAUUUCCAAACUAGGCCAGUUUGAUAUUAAUUUCGAAAAAGGAAAAGACUCAUUUUGCUUUUGUAAAAAGGUAGGUAUUUUGUUUUGCUUUGCUGUUCGUUUUCGUCCCAAUAAAAUAUAAA